GUGUCCAAGUGCCUACAAGAAGACGACUAACAUUUCAAGAUGAGCAUAUAAUAUUGAUACCAAUUAUUAUUUUUAAAAAUCUCGAUUAAUCGUGUUUUUAGUCUGUAUAUUUAGUAUAGAAAUUAAUUUCUAAAUAUCAGCGGUGAUGCUUGCCUAGGGGACAACAUGGGCUAGUAUUGGCCCUGCAUAUAAAUACUACAAAUACAAUAUGUGACGGCUAUACAAUAAGCAGAAGUUUAAAGUGUACAUCCGCUCUUGGUGCGUUUACUUGUGACAUCUUGUGAUAUUUUUUUACUCCACGUGUGAUUUAUACCAUAAGUCGCAAGUUAUCAACCGAAAAACAAACACUGUAAGUACGACAUGAGCAAAAGCAGUCGCACAAAUUUCCUUGCCGAAAUGUAAAUGAUACGGCCAUGAGUGCCGCCGUGGGUAGGGCUGCUCGGUCCGCCCAGCACUGUGCAGAGGCUCGUCACGUCCAACCCCCGAGCCGACGGCAAUCUGUCCGGCGACUGGCGUCCAGCGUGCUGGCCGGAGCUGCUGCAGCCGGAGAGGCUUUGAUGUGGCGGCGUAAACAUGUUCGGUUGCCCGUUCACCUUUCGUUGACCGCAGGAUCAAGUGAAGGAAACUGGAGCUGAAAGCCAUGCAGAGGACGGCUGCCUUGGGACUGCUGCUUAUUAUAGGAACGGCUGGAGCCCUGCGCAAACACGCGCAGGCCAAGUGGAACGCCACGGACGCCCGAGCCAAUGACAGCGUGCUUUGCAGUCCCUAUGGCAACGACAGCCAGUGCACAGACCAGGCUGCUUCGCCCGGGUGGGGUGGUCAUUUCACCAAAUGCCCUAAGGAUUAUCUUCACUUCUGCAUUCAUGGCCAGUGUCGCUUUGUGGUGGAGCAGAAGUCGCCGUCCUGCAAAUGUGAGCCUGGGUUCACCGGCAUUCGCUGUGAGUACCUCCUCUACGGCUCGCAGAUUGACGACAAGAACCAGAUUAUUUUUGCCGGUGUCAUCGCAGCCUUCAUCCUCCUCAUCAUCCUCAUCGCCAUCGUCUGCAUCUGUGCGCAUCGACCAAAACUCUAUCGCAGGAAGGUCAGGAAACGGGAAGAAGGAACGGAAGCAGCUGAGAAGCUCAACAUGGAGACACCGGCUGGCUCCGGGGGGGCUGCAGCCAACCACGUUGAAAGAGGGGACAGCAACGCAGUCUGACGGGCAUGCCGCACACUGUGCUCAACCCAGAGCUUUCGGAAGCCGUCACAUGCACAGCAAAGAUCAUAACUGCGUUUCCAGACCUUAUAUGGGCGUCCGUGAAGCAGCUCAGAGGUGGACGAUGAACAGUGUGCCAGGGCCAGUUAAGGCCUUUCCAGAGCUGAUUAUAUGGGGGGGUUAGAGGUAAAGGAUCUGAGCUCUUUACACACAUCUAGCUGUGUUCUGCAUGGAGACUUUGCACCUGCAGGCUGGAGUUCCCGACUCCCACUUUUUCACCACCCUCUUGAUUUGUGGAUUGGCCAAGUGAAGGACUGAACUCUGCAGGGCAGUGACUCGUGGAAAAGGGCUUAACUCUUUGGCCAGGAGGGUAGGGGGUUGCCAUGACCCCCCACUCUUAUGGCUUCUUCUGGAGGGACGUGGACCCGCCCAGAGUGGCUCUGCAUGAGGUUCCAGGUCCUUGAACCUGUACAUCCAGGCCCUUGUAGUUUUGAGCUAAUGGCUUAAGCUUGUAUUUGAGGUGCUCUGAGUUUCUGAUGAUCCUGAUAUGUGCAGCAGUCCUAUAUUGCCUCUGACGGAGUAUCCUGUGACACUCUGAGGUCCCGAUCGAGUUCGUCAUCUCUACCCCUAAUCUUUCACAAAGUUGGAUUAAACACAAUAAAAAUCCAGAAUUGUCAUA